AUGGGAUUUGCCAUGGUGGUUGGAGGUGGUACAAACUUGUUACAUUGUAAAAAUUGGCAGCUACCUGAUGAAGAAAAGGUUGUGUUGGUUGGCCACAGUUAUGGUGGCCUAUGCAUUUCUCUUGCCAUGCAGAGUUUUCCUCAAAAGAUUUCAGUGGCUGUUUUUGUUUCAGCAUAUUUGCCCCAUUUCAAAGAACCGCCAGUAGUUUUUAUUCAAGAGGUGGUCAAUGAGAACUAUUUCAAGAGAAUACCAAUGGAGGCUGUUAUGGACGGCAAGUUCACAUUUGAUCAAGGUGAUGGAAAUCUGCCAAACUCAGUUGUCCUUGGUUCAAAUUACAAUGCAAAAAUGUAUCGACACUGUGCAUUAGAGGACAUAGAAUUAGCAAAGAUGUUGGUCAGACCACAUCCUUUCUUUAUAGAGGACAUGGCAAAGGAAUCUUUGCCAACAGAAGAAAAGUAUGGUUCAAUUAAAAGGGACUUUGUGCUCUGCGAAGAUGACCAAGUUGUUGGGGGAAGAAUUUCAGAGGUUUAUGAUCGAACAUAG